AUGGCCGAGGGGCACUGGCCGGACCUGGCCCAGGCCAAGCUCUGGAUGCGUGACCGGUCGCCGGGCAAGACGCGCCUGGCCAAAGGGGAUGACGUCCGCGAUGUGUACAUGAUGCCCUACAUCAACCUCGAGGACUUGUCGGCCCAACUUCCGGCCAUGGAGCCAAUGUUGAUGAUGUUCCGGGGCCGAACGACGGCUAACACAUACGGCCAGAUCUACACAUACAGUGGGGGCGAGGCCGACCUCGACGUAUGGUCGUUUUCGUACCAGGCCCAGCGAGUGGGCGACGGCCUGAACUGCCUGCGGAUCCAGGCACGAAUCUACCACUUCCUCGUCCGGUGCUGCUACACCCUCAUGCAGGGAAAGGAAGCGUCGCUGUCCUCCAUGGCGCUGGAGGAAGGAAAUCGCGAGCCGGAAGCCCCUGUGCCAUCAGCCAACAAGCCGGAGACCUCGAAAACGUCUCUGGCCCUACUCGUGCGCACCAAGCUGGCCGAGGCCGAGGACCGGCUGUUGUCCCUCGUGAGGACCCUGGAUUUUUCGCCCACGCGCUUUUUGAGGAGCGAGAGCACCGGCCAGAACACGUGCUCGACAAGAACGGGAAACCCAGCCCUCUCAUCGCGUCGACUAAGCCAUCCUUCUGGUCGCCGUGUCGUCAAGCUCAAGGAGCUUAUGGACAAGCACGCACGCAGUAUCGAUGCCCACCAUCUCCCCGAGGACCUCGCGAAGCAGUUUGCCGUCGUGCUCAACUUCCUCAACGAGAUGUUGAUCAAGUUCUACCUCACCUUAACAUGCCGUUGCGUGGGUGAACCCAAGCUUCGGGCGCAGUAUGUGCGAACAACAGACGUCAGGCCGGACCAACCAGUCCGCUGCAGCCCCAUCAGCCUCCAUCCGGCCGAUCAGACACAGGCGCAGUACGACUUGAUCUCUCACGUAGGGCUCAUGACCAACGAGCAACGUUCCAAAUUCACCAUCAAGAGGGUGGUGGACAGCUUCGACCGAGUGCAGGAGACCAAACCAGAAGCAAACAAGCUGCUCACAUCAUACCUGGCGGACCGCAUUGCCGACGUGUCCGUCAUCAGCGAGUGCAUAGACGCCAUCACGAAGUAUGUGCCGUGGACUGAGAGCUUUGGCAUCGCCAUCAAGACACCAGAGGACGAGCUGAGCUAUAACGCCGCCGAGGACAUAAAGUACCUGGCCAACUUCAUCUUGCCCGACUCGAACUGGGACGGGAUAUCGCGGGCCUCGGCGCGCCAACGCGCAACAAGUUCGACUACCCGGGCCGAGACCAACCUUGACACAUUCUGGAACAAGUACAUCAAUCGUGCCAAUGCCAUGCACAACACCCAACGCCACUACUUCUCGCCGGGCACGCGGGCCCUGAUAGCACAGCCUCACCGGACAGGCGGCUCGUCAAGCUCAGGUGCGGACAGCGAGGAUCUCGUCAGCGCCAUCGCGGAGCUGCUGAUCGGAGCCUCACACCACGGCACGUCCAACUCUGCUGGCGCCUCCUCCGGCAGGAAUAGGGUCCCUCACAUAUGCCCCCCCUCGUCGACUCUAGCCGCCGGCGACAAGCGCGCGCGCAAGGUACUCGACGUGCUGUUCCCCUCGGCGGUCAAAGGCAUCGCCGCGGUUGGCUCGGGCGAGACCAAAUGGAGCGACUUUGAGUACAUCAUGAUCAAGGCGGGCUUUAUGCUCGAGAAGCAGCGGGUGUCGGGCUGGCUGUUCACCCCGGAUUGGAGGUGCUCGACAUGCGCGGGCAACCCAAUCAUGUUCUCCGAGCCAUAUCCAGAGGGCAAGAUCGACAUUGUCAUGGCGCGUCACAUUGGACGUCGCUUAGCCAAGGCGUAUGGAUGGCGCCGCGACAUGCUUUUGCAGGGCUGA